AUCAUUAUAAUAGUAUAUCUUUUUAAUCUAUAUUCUGAAUUCUCUCUGAAUCCAGGGAGGGUCUCCAUUAGCGGAGGCGCGACAAUGUACGGCGUCAGGAGUUUUUUCUUCUCGGCGGUGAUUGUUAUAUUGUUCGUCAGCCGUUAUGGAGGCGCCACCGCAGCCAACCGAGGCUACAUUAAGUACAAAGAUCCUAACGCGGCGGUGGAAGAGAGAGUGGAAGACUUGUUGGCACGAAUGACGUUACCGGAAAAACUUGGUCAAAUGUGUCAAGUUGAUCGAUUCAACUACACGAUACGUGAGAAAUAUAUGAAGAAUGGCCACGAAAUCUUCACAAAGUACCUGAUCGGAAACUACUUGAGCAACCCGUUCGAUACCGGAGCAGACAUAGGAUCGCGUUUACAACUUGUAAACGAUAUCCAGAAAUUGUGUCUUUCGACGAGGCUCGGAAUCCCUGCGCUUUACUCUAUUGAUGCGGUUCAUGGUCACAGCACUUUUAUUAAUGCAACCAUUUUCCCCCACAACAUCGGUCUUGGUGCCACUAGGGAUCCUCAACUUGUUAAAAGGAUCGGAGCUAUAACCGCCCUCGAAGUAAAGGCAACAGGAGUUGCUCAAGCUUUUGCACCUUGUGUUGCGGUUUGCAGAGAUCCUAGAUGGGGAAGGUGUUACGAGAGCUACAGUGAAGACACUAAGGUUGUGAAUAUGAUGACCGAGGGUAUCAUCGAUGGAUUACAAGGAAAUGCUCCUUACAUUGCUGAUCAAAAGAUCAAUGUGGCUGGGGUUGCCAAGCAUUUUGUUGGGGACGGAGGGACAGUAAAUGGAAUCAAUGAGGACAACACUGUGGGUGAUAAUGCUACUAUCUUUGGUAUCCAUAUGCCUCCAUUUGAGAUAGCGGUCAAGAAAGGGAUCUCAUCGAUCAUGGCUUCUUACUCUAGUAUUAACGGUGUUAAGAUGCAUGCAAACCGCGCAUUGAUCACUGAUUACCUCAAGAACACUCUCAAAUUCCAAGGCUUUGUUAUCUCUGAUUGGAUGGGAAUUGAUAGGAUCACAACGCCACAUAGAUCAAACUACACUUACUCCGUUGAAGCUUCCAUUAAUGCAGGCAUUGAUAUGGUUAUGGUUCCAUGGGAGUAUCCAGAGUACUUGGAGGUAUUGACAAAAUUAGUGAAUGGAGGAUACAUCCCUAUGAGCCGUAUCGACGAUGCUGUUCGAAGGGUCUUGAGAGUCAAAUUCUCUAUCGGUCUCUUUGAGAAUCCGUUUCCAGCAGUGGAAAAUGUCGCGGCAGAGUUUGGGUCUGAGGCUCAUCGGGAAGUUGCGAGAGAGGCGGUGAGGAAAUCAAUGGUGCUUCUAAAGAACGGGAAGCCAAACGCCGAUAAAGUUGUGCCGCUCCAGAAGAAGGUGAAGAAGAUUGUUGUCGCGGGACUACACGCUAAGAACAUGGGAUGGCAAUGUGGUGGCUUUACUCUCACUUGGCAAGGAUUCAACGGAACUGGUGAAGUUAUCCCCAUGAACCAAAGAACGGGCUCUCCUACCGGUAAAACGAGAGGAACUACAAUAUUGGAAGCCAUCCAGAGAACAGUAGAUCCCACCACUGAAGUUGUCUACGUGGAGGAAGCAAACCAAGAUACAUCGAAGCUUCACGCGGAUGCUGCAUACACAAUUGUGGUCGUGGGAGAACUUCCUUACGCAGAGUCGAACGGGGACAGCAAAACGCUCGGUCUAUAUGGACCAGGCCCAGACACGCUCAAGCACACGUGUGGUAGUGGGAUGAAGUGUAUGGUGGUCCUAGUCACAGGACGUCCGCUCGUGAUCGAGCCUUACAUGGACAUGAUCGAUGCUCUUGCAGUCGCAUGGCUACCCGGAACGGAAGGACAAGGUGUCGCUGAUGUCUUGUUUGGUGAUCAUCCCUUUACUGGUACUCUGCCUCGCACGUGGAUGAGGAGUGUUGAUCAACUUCCGAUGAACGUUGGCGACAAGAACUACGAUCCUCUCUUCCCCUUCGGAUUCGGAAUUCAAACCUAAAUCAGUAACCAUAUAACUAUGUAACUAUACGAAUAAUGUAAUUGUCACACUUUCCCGAUCAAUAUUUUAAUGACAAUUCUGGUACAUGCAAAUCCUGUCCUAUGUUAGCAAUUCCAU